AGACAGGUAAUCACUUUCAUAUGAACAAAAUAUCGUUCUCUUGGUGACAUGACAGAACCUAAAUGUCCAUCCAGAGAUAGUCAAAACAUGAAGGAAAUAAUCAGUUUCACAAUACCAGCUGUAAAAGAAAUAGUCUCACAGCAAGAUGCAUAAAUGGAGCAAAUAAUCAGUCUCACAAUAAGAUACAACAUGUUUCAAGUAGCUAAGUAUUUGUUUUGAUGCAUUUUGGUUCAACAAAGCUAACAAAAAGGCUGAAAUAAACCCAAAUGAGAAAAAUGGCAGUUAUAUUGUGUGCAAAGUGGGAAAUACCAAAAUCCCAAAAUCCUGAAUGAAGAAUACACGCCCAAAGAAAAAUAAAUCUGUCUGGUAUAAUCUGCAAUAAAAUGUAUAGUCCAACUACCAGCUAAAUGAUCUUACCUUUUGUGCUUGUACAUUGCAUGUGAGACUCAAACCUUUCAUUGUUCAUUCUUCUUUAAGUUAUAACCUGCAUCAAGCAAGGGGCAUGACUUAAUGUGAAAUGGAUGAGCGGAAAGAGCUAUUUCUGAAAGUAGGCUACAACCAGGAGGUGCAGUUCACCGCCCAACCUCCCUUACGCCUCUUCUGUUUAACACCCAACAUAAUAUGCUGCACCGGUAUUGACAAUCAUAGGGCGCACCAUCUUGCAGUUCAAGAGGCUCUUAAUAUGAAUGAAUCUGAACUGCAUGGUCGUCAGAUCAAGGUUUCAGCAAAGAGUACCAAUGUCCCUCGGAUGAAGCAGCAUCCACCACGCGGAGCAUUUAAUCCAUACCAUGGAUACCCUUAUAGAUCAUAUGGGUUACCGUAUUUUCCACCUUACGGUGGUUAUGGGAGAGUUCCCAGAUUUCGUCGGCCAACCCGCUAGAGGCCUUACUACUGAAGUAUGACGUUUCAUGAAGCGCUAUACCAACCAUAGUCGAUGUGCGGAAUAAUUAGUCUACAUGCCGUUUAGAUAAAUUUAUGUGCAGCCAUGGCCAACUUAGCUUCUUCAGUGGUAACUGAAUGCAAUCUGGCAGCUAAGUUAGUUAUGUUGCUUGAUUCAGAAUACUCUUUAUCCUACUUUUUUAAUUGUUCAAUUUAUCAUUCUGGUUUUAACCGAGCGUAAGAUCACCAAACUAA